UCAUCUAUCCUCUUACCGUGAUGGCCAUGGAGUGGAAGAUGCUUCCCAUUCACUUGUUGCUGCUACUUUCUGUUUUCUUGAUUCAGCAAGUUUCUUCUCAAGAUGUAUCAAGCUGUGCAGGGAGAUGUGGGGAAGGGUAUUCUAGAGAUACCCCCUGCAACUGUGAUUAUAACUGUCAACUCUACAUGGAGUGCUGCCCUGAUUUCAAGAAAUUCUGCACUGUGGAGCUCUCCUGUAAAGGCCGCUGCUCCGAGUCCUUUGAAAGAGGGAGGGAGUGUGACUGUGACGACCAAUGUAAGAAGUAUGGCAAGUGCUGUCCCGAUUACGACGAUUUCUGUGAAGUGCAUAGCCCCACAUCACCACCAUCUUCAAAGGCUGCACCUCCGCCUGCAGGAGCACGUCAACCCAUCAAAUCAACAACCAAACGUUCACCCAAACCAACAGACAAGAAGACGUCUAAGAAAGUUAUAGAAUCAGAGGAAAUAACAGAAGAACAUUCUGUUUCUGAAAAUCAAGAGUCUUCUUCCUCUUCUUCCUCUUCCUCUUCAAGUAUUCGGAAAAUCAAGUCUUCCAAAAAUUCAGCUGCUAAUAAAGAAUUAAAGAAGAAACCCAAAGUAAAAGAUAACAAGAAAGAAAAUCCUAAGAAGAAACCUGCCCCGGAACCACCAGUGGUAGAUGAAGCUGGAAGUGGAUUGGAGGAAAGUAUCCCCGGAGCUGAUUUCACAGUGAGAGGAUCCGAUCAAGCCAUUGGCGUCAACCCCAUGCUUUCAGAUGAAACCAAUUUAUGCAAUGGUAGAUCAGUAGAUGGACUGACGACUCUGGCCAAUGGGACAUUAGUUGCAUUUCGAGGUCAUUACUUCUGGAUGCUAAAUCCACUCAGUCCACCAUCUCCUCCUCGUAGAAUUACUGAAGUCUGGGGUAUUCCCUCUCCCAUUGAUACUGUUUUUACUAGGUGCAACUGUGACGGAAAAACUUUCUUCUUUAAGGGUUCUCAGUACUGGCGUUUCACCAAUGAUGUAAAAGAUCCUGGGUAUCCCAAACAAAUUGUAAAAGGAUUUGGAGGACUAAAUGGAAAAAUACUGGCAGCUCUUUCAAUACCUAAAUAUAAGGAGAGACCUGAAUCUGUGUAUUUUUUCAAGAGAGGGGGCAGAGUUCAGAAGUAUACUUAUAAACAGGAACCCAACAGGCAGUGCCCUGGAAGAAGACCUGCUCUGAAUUAUCCAGUGUACGGAGAAACAACACAGGUUAGAAGACUUCGCUUUGAACGGGCUAUUGGAUCUCACACACACACCAUCAGCAUUCAAUAUUCGCGGCCUGUCAGAGUCCUUUAUCAAGACAAAGGUUUCCUCCACAAUGAAGCCCAAACAAGUACACUGUGGAGAGGACUUCCCAGUUUGGUUACCUCAGCUAUAUCCCUGCCCAACAUCAGAAAACCCGAUGGCUACGAUUACUAUGCUUUUUCUAGGGAUCAAGCCUAUAACUUGAAUGUGCCCAGCAGAACAGCAAGAGCCGUUACUACUCCUUCUGGGAAGACCUUAUCCAAUGUCUGGUACAACUGUCCUUAGACCGGUGGGCAAAAGAACAGACAAGUAAAACAAUGAUAAAAUCUGACACUGAAAUAUCUUUUAUUAAUAAAGAAUGUUGAGAUAAGCAUACCAA